AUGACUGCGGAGGAAUUGACGGGGACGCCAGCUUUGCCGGAUUUUGACGGACUCGGCGGCGGAUCUGAGGCACGAGAUGACCGAAGACAAGCCUCGAUUGACGAAGACUGGAAGCAACCAACUUCUGCGGCUUCUGUUCAUGCUUACCGUCGGACAAUUGCAAAGCGAUCUGAAUCGCCAUGGACGGCAACCAGGCGACAAAAAACUCAGUGGACGGAUGCAAUUGACUCUUGCUGA